AUGGCAGUGAUUUUCCUUUGCGGCAUCAUCGCGGUGAAGGGCCUCAGCCUGCCGGAGGCGUACCAAGAGGUCAAUGGCCCAGUCCUCCUGACCAUCGUCGGCGCCUUGGCCUUGGGCCGCGCCAUGGAGCUCAGUGGCUUGGCCAACUGCCUGGCCACCGCCCUGGUCGCUCUCACGCGCCCCUUAGGCGCCGGAGCCGUGAAGCUAGGGAUCUAUUUGGCGACGGUGGGCUUGGGGCAAUUUCUGAACUCUGCAGCGAAUGUGGCCAUCAUGGGGAAGAUUGCCAUCCCCAUCGCCCACAGCAUGGAGAUCGCCGUGGGGGAGAUGGCGCUGGUGGUGACCUACGCGGCCUCCGCUUGUUACACCGCACCCUAUGGUUAUCAGACCAACACACUGGUCCUACGAGCAGGUGGAUAUGUUUGGGGAGACUUCGUGAAGUUUGGUGGCAUCCUACAAUUGCUUCAUAUGCUACUGGUGGUGUCGAUGGCUGGAUGGUGGGCAAAGUUCUCGCCUUGA